GUAGGUGCGGUGUCGCGGAGGCCUAGGGGGUUCUCGGAGGUCGCCCCGGGAGAGGGGUUCGGUUGGUUCGGUUCCUCCUGGUGCGGGGAAGGCCGAGCUGCGGGCGCAGCUCGCCGGGGUCGUUAACCGGUGGACUUCAUGUGUCCACAAGGUGAGAUCCUGGCCCGGAGAACCCGUCCCGGGUCCGCGCCGCCGCUUCCCGUGAACGCGCGGGGCAGUGGAGCCACGGCGGUGAGGUCACGGCCCCCCCGAGGGGACGGUCGGCGCCCCCCGACCCAGCGGGCCGGCAGCGAACGGGACGGGCUCGUCCGGGGCCGGCAUGAAGGGGACACCCCGGUUUGGAGUGGGCCCCGCCUGCGGGCCCAGUGGGACCGGCUUCUGGAGCGAAGGUUUGGAUUCCUGCCGUGCUUGCCGGCUCACGGGCUCCUGUCUCGGUGGCGCCCUGCGCGGGGCGGCGGGGGGCCGGCCGGUCGGCAGCCCAUUCGAAGUCCUGACCGCUGGGUCUGUAAGAGCCCGCACCGCACAGCUCGUGGAACCAGAGCGAGGGAGAACUUCCUCCACGGUGCUCUCAUCGCUCCCUCUUCAGAUGCUGCUCUAUCUGAGUGGAAUGUACUAUGCCCUUUAUUUCCUAGCUACGCUCCUGCUGGCCGUGUAUAAAAGCCAGGUUUUCACUUAUCCUCACAGUUACCUGGUCCUCGACCUGACUCUGCUCUUUCUGAUGGGGAUUCUGGAAGCGAUUCGGUUAUACUUUGGCACCAAGGGCAACCUGAUGGAAGCCGAGGUACCGCUGGCCGCCAGCCUGGUCCUCACGGUGGGCGGUGCCCUGCUGUCCGUCUACUUCCUGCUCUGGCAGACCCUGGUGCUGUGGGCAGACUCGGCCCUCAGCGCCGUGCUCCUGGCGCUCCACGGCCUGGAGGCCGUCCUGCAGGCAGUGGCCAUCGCCGCCUUCGAGGGCUAGGUGGGCGGUGCCCGGCCCGCGGGACAGCCCUGGGCAGGAGACCCUCCUCAGAGCCAGACUGUGCCCCAGCCGUCACCUCCCCCACUGACGGUUGCUGAGCGGGAAGGACAUCUUCGUACUGACCUGCCUCAGUGUUUGUUAGAGGGUCAGAUGGUGUGGAGGGUCUGUGAGGCGGAGGCGGGGUCGGGAACCAGGGCAGAACAAGGUGCUGGGCAGGGGCUGGGUGUGGCGGAAGCAGGGGUGGGGCUGUCCCGGCCCGUCUGCAGGGAAUCGCGGGGACAUCUCGGGCUGGUGGGGGUCUGGCUUCAGCAGCCACCGACAUCCGGGGUGCAGAGGGGAACGAGGCCUUCGGAAGGCAGGCAGCCAGGCCAGUGCCCUCGCGGUGUCCGUGGCAUCUCCCUCUCAGGCCGGGAUCGGCCAUCCCUGCCCUCCCUGCAGCUUCGGGGUGGCACAGGGGCCAGGGGCCCUGCUCUGCGGGCUGAGCCCCGGGCAGGUGAUGCGCUCUGCCGCGCACAGGAGGCGCCUGCCGAGGGCCAGGCAGCUCGGGGCUGGGCGGUUUCCCCUCAGCCGUGACACCUUUCCCCUGGGGGUUCUGGAGAAAGGCGAAGGUGACCUGGAAGCCCCAGCGCACAGCGGGGGAGGAGAGCUGGAGAGUCCCCCGUAGGGGUGCUGUCCGGGUCCCAGGCCCUCUGCAAGUGCUCCUGGAAGGGGUCUGCGCCGAUGUUUUCUAGUGACUUCCCUUGGCCUCAAUUUCACGUUUUCUAGGUCUCGAGUAACGUUGUGUUUGAGCAUCUGGAUAGUCUCUCUUCACGGUAUUUUUAAAUAAAGAAGCUUCUCUA